GAUAAAAGGAGCAAGGAGGGUUCCCAAUCCUAUAUAGGACAAUUCAUCUUUUCUCCAUCCGAGUUGCUGAACCAAAGGAGCCCCAAAAAAAAAUGUCAGGAGAAGAAGAAGAGAACGCAGCAGAGCUAAAACUGGGAGAAGAUUUCGUGAAAGCAAAGUGUUUGAUGAACGGAGAAGUAGCGAUGAUUCUGGAGCACAGAUUAGAGCAACUUCAACAAGUAUCAGAAGACCCAUUAAAUCAGAUGCCUCAAGUAUUCGAGAAAUCUCUGCAAUACGUCAAACGAUUCAGCCGCUACAAAAAUCAAGAUGCUGUUCGACAGGUUAGGGAAAUCCUUAGCCGCCAUCAAUUAGCCGAAUUCGAGCUCGGUGUUCUUGGUAAUCUUUGCCCUGAAACUGUUGAGGAAGCCAUUGCUAUGGUCCCUUCUCUUAAAGAUAAAGGUAGAGAUCUUGAUGAUGAAGCUAUUGACAAGAUGCUUAAUGAUCUUGCUCUUGUUAAGAAGUUUGAGUGAUUUUUGAUUUCUAGGGUUAGGGUUUCUGGGUAUCCUUAAGUUAGCGUUAUAUGUUGUGAUUUGGUAAAUUGAGAAUGUUAAUGCAAUGUUUUCUGUCUUAAUUAUGAUGAUAAUACAGUGGUGAUUCAGUGUUUGUGAUGUGCAGAACAAGUGUUUAAUGAAAGUCCUUAUUGAUUGUUAUUUGUA